GUAAUUAGUGAGCUAGAGAGCGAAGGGCGAAUGAGCUGUUAACUGCCUAGCUAAUCCUCAACCCGCUCACUCGCUCAGGCAGCCCAACGCCGAUGGUCAGACUCGUCAAGUCGGCGGCAGGCGGCAGGCACGGCGUCUCGGAGAGGGAGAGGGAGAGCGAGAGCGAGAGACCAACCCUAGCCGAGCGGCCGUAGCCUGUAGCAUGCAUGGCAUCGCCGGCGGCGCGCGCCGAUCCGCCGGAACGGAGCCGCCGGCCGCGGCGACGGCAAGGGGAGGGAGGCCACGGGCGAGGGGCUUCAACUCGCAGCGGCAGCAAGCCGGCAACUGCCAACUGGUCUGCAAAGAGUACUGGUUCAGUGGUGAUUCCUGAUUCCCUCCUGUUAAUUUACUCAGUGAAUUGGAUGCCAACAGUGGAGUCGUUAGGUCGAGAAUGCAUACGAUUUGUUUGAUGAAUUGCUUGUAGAGCCCAAUAGUUUGACACUUCGAUUCGUUACUGUUUUCAGUUCAGUUCAGUAAACUGUGAUUCAGUUCAAGUUCGUUAUAUGAUAGAAAUAUCCCAGGACUAGUGAGUCCAAAUACAGCUACUUAUUGUUCAUCAUGUAGAAUUGAAGUGACCUAGGGAACUUCCGAACUUAUAAAAUCGGACCAAAAUAUUACUCUUUACACUGUAUUUGACAUAAUCUAUGCAAAAGCAUGCCUGAAAUUUAUCGCAUACUAAGCUGUUUUAGUACAAACAUUUGUUACUCAGACCUGAUACUGAUAGUCAUUAUGCAAUUGGCAAAAGAUUCAGAGACACAUGUCACACAUUUUUUCUGCUUCAUUUUUUUUUAGAGGAGUUCAAUGUAUGCAAACAUUUCUUCUGCCCUGAAGUGUAGGGUAGAAAAACAUUUUCUCGGCAAUCUAUAGCUAGUUAACACCUGUCAAGCCUGUCUACUUCAGCAAGAAUGUCGACGACAGCAAAUCCUCCCCGUGGUGCUACUAAUGGCCAGAAUUGACUAGCUUGAUGCCUUGGUCUAUUUGGUCUCACUAGCUGUUACCUGUUGUUUUUGUCUGGACAAGAAUUUCUACGGAUUUACUGCUAUCGUGACACGAAUUCCCUAUUGCUGCUUUCUGCGUGGCAAAUUCCAGUAAGUGCUUGAUUAGUCAAGUAUAUGUAGAAUUCCAUGGUGACGAAGACCUUUCCAUGACAAGUGUUAGGAUAGCUCUAUAACUACACAAGUUUGGCAGCUCACCAGCUGUUAUCAGGGGUAGGAAGCAAGAGCCUGAAGCAAAGAACAAUGGUUGCUCUGCUACUCUUUCCCAUGCUGUUGCAGCUACUGUCCCCAACUUGUGCACAAACUCAGAAGAACAUCACAUUGGGCUCCACUUUGGCACCCCAGAGUCCUGCCUCUUCAUGGCUAUCACCCUCUGGCGACUUCGCAUUUGGCUUCCGACCUGUAGAGGGCAACACCUCCUUCUACCUCAUCGCCGUCUGGUUCAACAAGAUUAGCGAUAAGACAGUUGUCUGGUAUGCCAAAAAUACUGACCAAGAUCCAUCGAUAGUAGAAGUGCCAUCUGAUUCUUUUCUCCAACUCACUAAUGAUGGUGCACUCUCACUGAAAGACCGGUCUGGUCAGGAGGGCUGGAAUCCCCAGGUUACCAGUGUGGCAUAUGCUAGCAUGCGCGACACCGGCAAUUUUGUGCUCCUUGGUGCAGACGGCACGACAAAGUGGCAGACCUUUGACAUGCCGUCAGACACCAUCUUGCCUACUCAGGUGAUACCUUGCAACAAGACUCGCAACAAGUCACUCCGUGCCCGACUCGACAUCAAUGACUACUCCAGUGGUCGGUUUCUCCUUGAUGUGCAAACUGAUGGAAACCUUGCCCUGUAUCUUGUUGCUGUUCCCUCUGGAUCCAAAUACCAGCAAUAUUGGUCCACUGACACGACUGGAAAUGGCUCAGAGUUGGUAUUCAGUGAGACUGGGAAGGUAUACUUUGCACUGACAGAUGGUACACAGAUCAACAUCUCAUCAGGUGCAGGAAUUGGAUCAAUGGCAGACUACUUCCAUCGCGCCACACUGGACCCUGACGGUGUUUUCCGGCAAUAUGUGUACCCGAAGAAAGCGAAUGCAGGCAUCCUAGGUGGUGAGACAUGGACAGCAGUGAGCAUGCAGCCCCAGAAUAUCUGCCAUGCCAUAGUUUCAGAUGUUGGCAGUGGCGUCUGUGGGUUCAACAGUUACUGCACCUUUGAUGGCACCAGGAAUCAGAUUGCAAGCUGCCAAUGCCCACCAUGGUACAAGUUCUUCGAUGAGCAGAAGAAGUACAAAGGGUGUAAGCAAGACUUUCAACCGCAUAGCUGCGACUUGGAUGAGGCAACGGCACUUGCUCAGUUUGAGCUGAGACCAAUUUAUGGUGUGGAUUGGCCACUGUCUGACUAUGAGAAAUAUGAGCCCAUAGGACAAGAUGAUUGUGGAAGGCUGUGUGUGAUCGACUGCUUCUGCGCCAUGGCGGUGUACAAUCAGAGCACCAGCACUUGCUGGAAGAAGAAGCUCCCUUUGUCAAAUGGGAAUAUGGCUGACUAUGUCCAGAGGACCGUUCUUCUCAAGGUGCCAAGUAGCAAUAGUUCGCAAUCCAUGAUCAGUACAAGCUCCAACAAAUGGAAGAGGAACAGGAAGCACUGGGUCCUAGGGAGUUCUUUGAUUCUUGGAACCUCCAUAUUGGUGAACUUUGCACUCAUCUCCAUUUUCCUUUUUGGUACUUACUGUAGAAUAGCCACAAAAAAGAAUAUCCCAUUGUCACAAGCAUCAAGUAAAUCCCAACUACCCUUGAAGACCUUCACUUACAAAGAGCUGGAGAAGGCAACGGCUGGCUUCCAUGAGAUUCUAGGUGCCGGUGCCUCUGGUGUUGUGUACAAGGGCCAGUUGGAGGAUGAACUCAAGACCAACAUUGCAGUGAAAAAGAUUGACAAGCUCCAACCAGAAACCGAGAAGGAGUUCAUGGUAGAAGUCGAGACCAUUGGGCAGACAUUCCACAAGAAUUUGGUUAGAUUGCUUGGUUUCUGUAAUGAAGGAGCCGAAAGACUGCUAGUUUAUGAGUUCAUGACCAAUGGCCCUCUCAACCGUCUUUUGUUCGACAAUAGUCGCCCACAUUGGAACACCCGAGUUCAUAUCGCGCUUGGGGUGGCAAGAGGUUUGCUCUACUUACAUGACGAAUGUAGCAAGCAAAUCAUCCAUUGUGACAUAAAGCCGCAGAAUAUCCUUCUUGAUGACAACCUUGUGGCCAAGAUUUCAGACUUUGGCCUAGCAAAGCUUCUUUUGACAAACCAAACAAGGACAAACACCGGUAUUCGGGGUACUCGAGGUUAUGUUGCACCUGAGUGGUUCAAGAACAUUGGGAUCUCUACCAAGGUUGAUGUUUAUAGCUUCGGAGUGAUACUACUAGAGCUUGUUUGCUGUAGGAGGAAUGUCGAGCUAGAGGUUGUCGAUGAGGAACAGACGAUAGUGACUUACUGGGCCAAUGACUGCUACCGGUCUGGGAGGAUUGAUUUGCUGGUAGAGGGCGAUGAUGAGGCGAUCUACAAUAUUAAGAAGGUGGAAAGAUUUGUGACAGUGGCAUUGUGGUGCCUUCAGGAGGACCCAAGCAUGCGACCUAACAUGCUAAAGGUGACACAAAUGCUUGAUGGUGCAGUUGCAAUCCCCAGUCCUCCUGAUCCCUGUUCCUUCAUCAGCUCACUUCCAUAGUAUCUCUUGCAUGGUCAAAUAAGUUUUCAUAUGCGUCAAAACAAUAAGCAUUUGGUGAAUAGCUUUAGCUAUAUUCAGAAGGCAAAUAGUUAUUAAUUUGGCAUUGUACUGUAGCAACUUUUAGAUCUCCCAUGUGUAGCUAUAAUUGAGUGGGAUACACAACUGGUCCAUCUCUUUGAGCUAGAUAUUUAUCUAUAUCUGUUAUGUAAUAAAAAAAGGAAUUAUAGCUAUACAUUCAACUAAUAUUUCCUAGUAGAAUUAUAGCUUCUAAAAUAAUUCAUCGAAUAAUACAAUGAAUAUCUUUUAAUCCAUAUUUUGGAAAUGAGAAGAGAAAAUAGAAGAUGACAAACGUAGUAGGAGA